GUUCUGACCACUCAGAAAGAAGCUCGACCACAUCAAACUUUCUGGGGUCCAUCCAGGAGGAGCAGUAUGUAGGCGAAGGCACUGACGAACCCGCAGCUCUGUUACACUCUGCAUACCGGGACGCAGGGACUAUCACAGAUGUGUGUAACAGCACAGAGCUCCCUGAGGUGGAGAUCAUCAGUCUGUUGGAGGAGAAGCUGCCGCUCUACAGGCUGAGAGCCGACACCGUAUACGGCUAUGAUCACGACGACUGGCUGCACACGCCGCUCAUCUCUCCUGAUACACCCAUCGACCUGACCGACGAGCAGAUCCAGGAGACACUCGGCUACUUCUUACUAUGUGCUGAACGAGUGGGCCAGAUGACUAAGACCUACAAUGACAUCGACGCUGUCACCAGACUUCUGGAGGAGAAAGAGCGGGAUCUGGAGCUGGCUGCUCGGAUUGGACAGUCCCUGCUAAAGAAGAACCGCGUUUUGUCUGAGCAAAACGAAUAUCUGGAAGAGCAAGUUGGGAACAUCAGAGAAGAGGUUGCUCAGCUUCAUCAUGAGCUGAAUUUGAAAGAUGAGCUCCUGCAAUUCUACACCAACACAGCAGAGGAGAGUGAGGAGGAUGCAACGUCUCCGUCAGGUCAGCGUGGCAGGGCGUCGUUGCGGUUUCCGAAUGACUCCAACACGGACGUGCUGCAGAGAAAACUCAGGGACCUGGAGGAGGAGAACCUUUCCCUGCGAUCAGAGGCAAGUCACCUGAAGUCUGAGACGGAGACCUAUGAGGAAAAGGAGCAGCAACUGGUGAACGACUGUGUGAAAGAGCUCAGACAGUCCAGCCUGCAGAUCUCAUCUAUAGCCGAGGAAUUAACCAGGAAGACGGAGGAUGCUGUUCGUCAGCAAGAAGAAAUCACACACUUACUGUCACAGGUGGUCGACCUGCAGAAAAAAGCUAAAACGUGUGCACUGGAGAACGAGGAGCUCUCUCAGCAUCUGGUCGCAGCUAAAGAUGCUCAGAGGCAACUUACAGCCGAGCUUUGUGAGCUGGAGAACAAGUAUUGCGAGUGUAUUGAGAUGCUGCAUGAGGCGCAGGAGGAGCUGAAGAACCUGCGCAAUAGGAGCGUGAACGGCGGAACUCCUCGGCGUUACCACCCUCUCGGGCUCUUCCCCAUGGACUCUUUGGCUGCUGAAAUUGAGGGCUCUAUGAGAAAGGAGCUGAUCCAUGAAAACCCUGAACAUGAUGAGCAGAAGGUACAGCACAAGAGAGUUUUCGAGACAGUUAAGAACGUUAACCAGUCAGUCAGGCAGCGCUCACCAGCUCCGCCCUUUACUAACAUCCCGGGAUCCAAUCAGACGCUCUCAGCACUGACCAGCGUUUCUGACAGUGGCGGCGGUGAUACAGCUGCCCUGGAUAACCGUGCACAGAGCAUGCUCCUGGAGAUGGGGCCAGUAGAUGCCAGUGCUGAUUAUCCUGAGAAGCGAUCCAGCUCAGAAGACCUGAAGUUGGCACUGCGGCGUCUCUCUCUGCGCCGACAGAACUGCCUAAGCGAGCGGCGUUUCUUCGAGGAGGAGCGGGAGAGGCGACACCACGACUCUCCACAUUACGGCAUCCCGCCCAGCGAGAGCAUCAUGUCCCUGGGCGUGUGGCAGAGCCGGCCGUACCUUCCGGACAAGCUCCAGAUUGUCAAACCUCUGGAAGGCUCUGCCACCUUACAGCACUGGCAGCAGUUAGCACAGCCAAAUCUGGGUGGGAUUUUGGAUGCCCGUCCUGGCGUCGUCCCAAAGGGGUUCCGUCCGCUGGAGCUGGACCUGGAGGAGGUUUAUCAGUAUGGAGACUAUGAGGAGGAUGAGCCAGGAGAACAGUACUUCCAGAACCUCCCCACCACUACGGCCAAUCCAAGCCUGGGCCACGUCUCAUCCGCUUCCUCUUCGCCUUCCGUUGGUACAAGUCACUCCGUCGCUGAGUUCUCAGUGUACUACCCAGGGAAAUGCAUGGCCCACACCAGCUCCACCUACACCUUCACUACCUGCAGGAUCCUCCACCCAUCCGACGAGAUCACCAGAGUCACUCCCAGCCUGAAUUCUGCCCCCACAGCCUCAUGUGUACUGUCAACCAGUCUUCGCUCCACCCCGGCAGCCACGCCCUGUACACCACGCCGCCUAAGCCUCUCCCAGUCUCAGUCCUUCACCAACUUGCGAGAGUCUACCAAGACCUUCAGCACAUCACUGGGUUUGGUGCGCCUCCUGCAGGAGCGUGGAAUCUCUGCAGCUGUCUAUCAGCCACAUACCUGGGACCGGGCCAGCGAUGGUGUCCUUUUCUCCACCUCCGUACCCUCUCCAUCAUCUCUUCCGGACCCUCGGAAACCCUCCACUCCACCUAACUCUCCUGCACGAUGCAUCCCAAGCCCUCACUCUGCAGAUCCGGACACCUCGGCUGCUUUUUCGUUUAAAAGCCCUUCCUACGAGAACUUCCUUGCUUCUAAGCCGGCACGGUCCAUUCUGAAGGAGGUUGCAGGUGACGCCCAGGCCAGAGACUGUGAGAGCCAGACGGACGUCAGCGUGUACAAUCUGAACCUAGUGGAUAAGUUAAAGAGGUUGGGGCUGGCGAGUCCAAGGGCAGCGGGAAUCUCAGGGUCAGGUCCGAUUUUAGGGUCUUUAGGCGGUUUGAGGAGGACGGGAUCACCUUUUACGCCUGAAGGACUGAGGCGCAACCGGAGCUACCCAGCAGUGGUGGGAGCCAGCAUGGCCAUGAAGGGUCCCGGACCUGAAGGGGACGAUCUACUUCUGAUGUCAAGGCUUCCAAAGCAGACAAGUCUCAAGUAGAUAGAUGUAGAUACCCCACCCGUGAACACAUAAACCACAGUAGUGUAGAGAUUUAUAUUAAAAUGCAGAAUUCAGCAAUUUUGCAUGGAAACAAUUAUUCCUUCAAAGA